CUCGAAGUCACGAGUAACUCCCAAAACUGUGGUGCGUGCUAGGAUACCAUUCAAAAAAUUUAUCUUCACAGUAGCGUUUCCUCAUUUUUGGAUUAGGUGAACGACCUUGUUUAGCCGGCUUAGCUACUUCUUUUGGAUUUGCUGAGAAAGCAGUGGCUAUGAAGUAAGUCCUCUACGCGUAUAAAACAUAUGGAUCCAAAUAUUUCCUAAAGAAACCGACCAGAAUUUUGACGAAGCAAACAUUAACUGACUCGAUAAUAAUGUUGUGUAGUCAUGCUGAAAAAACACUAUAGUUGGCGUUAACUGCUUGGGAAUACCUGACCAUGGCUUUCUGUACCGCAUUAAUUCGAUUUAACGCCGCGGCGUUCGUUAAUUUUUCUUGAUUCGAGUGCAGCGUCUUAACGAGGGCGGCGUUUCUUUAAGAUCCAAUUUUUUUCUUGCAAACGAUAGCAUGUGUUUAGUGUUUGUCUUAAAAGUCUCUUUUUAGAUCGUUUUCAAUUUCACAAUUUGCAUGUUAAUACUACUACAGUAAUAGUUUAAGUGAAUUGAGCGAAUAAAGAUCUGAUGUCGGAUAUGCUUUCUCGACAUCAGACCUGGUACAAACAAAGGGAUUUGUGUCUGGUUCGUUAAAAAUUUAAAACUGCGAUCGAAACGCCUCAUCAUGUUGCGGCUUUUAUUCGAGGGCGGCGUUUAUUAACAUUUCAGUACUAAAAUGCAGUGUUUAUUUGAGGGCGGCGUUUAAUCGAAUAAAUACGAUAUGCAAAUUUACGAAUGAGAGAGAAAAUGAACCCUCUGAUAACCAAGACCAUAAAUAACUUUGGGAAUCUCGACCAGAUGAAGUUCAGAAUGACACUGAAUUUACAGCUAGUUAGUUUUCCUAUUGCGAGUAAAAGCACAGUGAUGUCAUGAUUGGUACUUUAGUGAUUACUUAGAGUGUAUCAAAGGGGAGGUCCUGAUCCUGUUUCACUCACAAUUAAAAUUAAAAAAAAAAAGAUUCACGCAUCAUUAACAUAAAAGGGAAAUCUUCAAAUUUCUCCUCUUGUGUACAAGAUUUCUGGGAAAUCUUAAAUUCACAAGUCAUCUCAUGCUUAUAUUAAAGUUCACACGGCAACCAGGUGGACAAUCAGACAUAGUUUGAUGCUACUUUGGUUUACAGAUUUAAUGAAUGUAACCAAAGAAGUUACAAUUCAUAGACCUAACGUUUUGACACUCCUGUCUAGUGCCUUCAUCAGGGGUGAUCUAAACACUGCAACAAGAGGUCCUUUUAUAUGAUUACUAAUUAGCGGCCUUUAUUCUGACGAGGUGUAAAUGGCAUCAGGAAGCAAACUGCCAUUGUCACGAUUUAAAGGAGUGUGGGCAGAGUUAAUAUGCCAAGCCUCCAAACAAAGGUGCUGGUGGUAACACCUAUUAGUGGUGAUAAUUUGUAGAAUUAUCUCACCCAAUUGUAUGGUUAGCUAGGCAUGUGUGCUCUGAUAAAGCUGAAUAUUCCUUUUUGCAAAAGAAAACCACUUUUUGAUGCUCUCAUGCUUGUUCAUAAAUAUAUGAAUCACAUUCGCCUUCAUGUAAAAUUCAUGCAUCACAUUGUAAAUCUGGCCCUGGCUUAAUCAUGUAUAAACCCUUUUCCACUCUCUAGACUAUGCUGUUUGCAUUCUUAAAAGAUAUUUUUCUUCCCUCCCAUAGUACCUAGUAUUUCAUUUUGCUGGUCUUUGUAUGUUUGAGAAGUAUUCUAUUUUUAGCUUAUUUAUAUCAUACAAGAGUUGUGUAUUUGUGAAAAAAAAAAUCAGUUAAUUAGUAGUCUAGUAAUACUUAACAUUGCUUGCUAUUUUUCUUCCCUUCCAUAACACCCAGUAUUUCAUUUUGCUGGUCUUUGUAUGUUUGAGUAGUAUUUCAUUUUUAGCUUAUUUAUGUCAUACAAGAGUUGUGUGUAUUUGUGAAAAAAAAUUAGUUGAUUAGUAAUCUUGUAAUACCAAACUUUGCUUGUAGUCAUGUUUCAUGAUUUAGGUCUUUAAAAGUUUACUGGGUCAACAAAGAUGCCAAUACCUGGAGCUUAUAGUUAUACAUAGUCCCUAGGAAUCGUUUUUAGAAAUUAAUACAAGAUGCUGAAAUUUCUAACUAAGAGAGAAAUUUGCAAGAAAUAAAAAUAGCAUAAAAGGAAGGUCUAGGGCAAAAAUGUGGGAUGCAGAAACCUCCGAAAAAGAAAAUGUGAAAUUCAGAGUUCUCUUACAGAAGUUAUGCAUUGUCACUCCAUAGUCAAGGUGCAUGAGUGACAUGAACAGUCCCUUCUUUUAAGUACACAUGCAUGUCUUGCAGCAUUACAUGGACACAUGAUGUAUGAAAUUUUCACAAAUGACAGGAAUAUUGGAUGCAAAUCCCUUGAAAAAAUAGUCUGAAAUGUAUGAAAUUUAAAGAAAAAAAAUUAAAUUAUUUUGAAAUGAAAAGGCUUGUCUUAAGUCCAAAGCAAAAACCUUUGUGGGAAGGGCAUUACUGACAAUAAAUGAAAAUUGCUGUUUAAUUUAAAUUUUGAUUUAAAGAUUACAGUAUCUAGUAUAUACUAAUACAUGGUUAUCUUUGUGUACAAUAGGGUAAGACUUGGCACAGUCAUGUCUAUUUUUCCUCAGUCUUGGGGAGUAAUGUUGAUAGCAUGCCCAAUACUCGUGUUGGUAAUGGUCAUGUCCUUAUUUGUAACCAGCUCACAUUGGAUUGAAAGCUACAGGUAGAUAUAUUUGGCUUUUUGUGAAUUUGUUAUUUAACUAAACCUCUCCUUAACCUCUCCUUGGGCUGAUGGCUUCAUAAACAGGAAAAAAGUAUUUAAAUACUAGAUCAGAGGUAGUGCUCUCAAUAACUGGAAUAAAGUGAUAAUGGAGGCAUAAAUGGUAUGUUACAGCCACAGCAUGUAAGCUAAGGCAACAGUGGUAGUACCACUUGCCAAGAUCUUUACAACUUAAGGUUACUUUCCACCUUCAGAGGCCGAAAAAAUUGAUUUUUCUUUUAUUUGAGUAAACUGAAUUCAAACUUUUAACAAAAUGUUUCCACAAAAAACUUUUCUGAAAUCUUUAAAAGCAACUGAAUUAUUUAGAAAACAUAUUUUCAAAUUAAAGGUAGUAAAUCAGGAAGGUGUCAUAAUCUUGGACCUGGGUGAGUCCCCUGGGGGAACUUUAGCAGCAACCACUCUUCUUGGGGCUCAUUUUUCAUGUUAUUUCCAUAUCUUGUCCACAUUGCACACUUGACAAAAUUUACAGGAGGAAGCCCUUUGCUUAUAAAAAAAAUCUUUGCAAAAUGUUUGGGAUCUGUUUGGUGAUUUCCAACACAGUUGAUUAAACCCUUUACACUCUAAUAUUCUCUAUACUGUUCUCUAUAAAUCUCCUAAGGACUAGGAGAUUGUGUUUAACAAUCAAGAGCUUCUUUAGUGGGUGAUCAUUUCCUUUUUUCUCAUGACCUUAAACUGUGAUUCAGAGUUGACACUGUAAGAAGAAAUUAGAUGCUGUUCACUGUUUAGGGCCCAAGGGUUAAUGUGUAGGAAGUAAGGAACAAAGAGGUAAUAAACCACAGCUUAAUUUCAACUGUUUAAAAUCUUUACCAUAACCAUUAUGAACUUGACAAUAGACUGUAUUUAAUACUGUGUUUCUUUAAAAUAUGUUUAAGGCAUAAAUUUUACUUAUUUUACUUAUUUUCUCUUACAGGCCAUGUGAAGAGACCCUCAAGUUACAAGAAAAUCUUGUAAAUGAACUUAGUGACAUUCACCAACAAUUGCAGGAAUUCCUCCUGUUGAAAAAGGAACCAUCGAAAGAAUUGGCUGAGCAGUUAGAAGAAGUUAUAAAACAGCUUGAUAAAAAGGAAGCUGUGGAAAGUGUGGGCAACAAUGAUGCUAUUUUAGAUGUGUGUCCAGAAGUUUACAAGGGGACAAACUUAAGCUCCCCUGAGAAUGUUUGGGUGAUGACCAACUGUACCAAUGUUAAACCUCUUGAUUCUGUUGUCAGUGUUCUGGUCAACACUGUUGCAUAUCCCAAGCAAGAUGAGGGCCAUAUUGAAACCAUUAUAAAAGGCAUAACAGAGACUUACCCAACAGUUCAAGUGUAUUUGGCAACAGGAAGUGACAAUGUAAUAAAAGCUACCCGAAAUUAUAAAAAUGUUGAUGUUGUUCUGAUUGAUAAAGUUCAAGUAGCUAAGGGAUGGAACAUUCUGGUAAGGAAAGCCUCUACUCCUUAUGUACUGGUUGCACGUGAUGUGUUUCACUUCACAUGGCUAACACAACUGGAGAGGCAGAUUCGUGUUAUCAGUCAGAUACCAUAUGUUGAAGUUGCUGGUGGAUCAUACCGUAACUUCUCUGGUCACUGGAAAGCAGGAUGUGUCCAAACUACAAUGAAGAACUACGUCUUAAAGUACCAAGAGGGAUACUUGCACUCAAAGAAUGAAUGCAUGUUCUGUGAUUAUCUUCAGGGACCUUUUGUAACCAAAACAAGUCUGUUCAAGCUUGAUGAGAUGCUUCCAAAUGAAGUUUUGUUUGAAGACUGGUUUUCAAGUAUUGUUCAGAAAGGCAGCUUAGUGAUGUCAUGCCCAGAUGCAAUGUAUUUUACAACAGAUUACUGGUCAUAUUCCAAGAGAACUGAUAGAGAUGUUUGGACCCCUUUGGCUAAGAAAUGGCAACUAAAUAAAGUGCUUCUGCCAGAAGGGAUAAAGCAUUCCUUCUCUUGUACAGACAUUGAAGUUACUUGCGAACCUGACCAUGAACUACUCCCUUUGUGCUGCCUAGAAUGGUAUGCUGAUGCCUUGGCAUUUUUUCAGAAUUUUACUGAAGCUCACAAUCUAACAUUUGAACUUGAUUGUGGUUCUGCAUUGGGUGGUGUCAAGUUCAAAGGCCUUAUUGCUUGGGACAUAGAUGGAGAUUUGACUUUCCUUUAUACUGGUAUGAACAUUUUUGGUGAAAAUAGAACAAUUGAUUAUUUCCAGAACAAUGGGUACAAGUUACUGAGUUUUGAACCACAAGUGCAAGGAGGUAGUGCUGGAUAUGUGAAUGUCCAUUUCAAUGGGUUUGGUAUUGAAGUAUGGGGAAUGGGUGACCUGACAAAUAAAAGAUAUCUCCCCAGUGAACUGCAGAAAUAUGAAACAUAUACAAAAGCCAACAUUGAAGGUUACUGGAUUAAUACACCAUUUUCUCCUGGUUUGUUCUCAAGAAAUCGCUAUGGAAGAGAAGUGCUUAAACAUUCUCAGUCCUGGCGUAGGACAGCUUCUAAAGACAGUUGGAUUAAUUAUAAGUCUGGUAGGUUUAUGCCUUGUGAGAGGUCAAGUGGUUAUGGUUGUGUACAUGAUUUCCCUGCUGAUGGUAACAUCCCAUUUUCAAUAACUUAA